AUGUCUCACAUACCCUAUGUAGAACACUGGCUAUUGGGGCCUCUCUCAAUAUUGUUUUACACCCAUGUCUAUACCCCGCCUUCUCCUCCUCUCCAUGGCGCUCUGGUUUUUGUCCAUGGCUAUAUCAAGUACAUCGGCCAUUAUGAUCAUGCCCAUAGUGCAUGGGCCUCUCACGACAAUCAGCAGAGCAAGAUCAGUGCAUAUGGGAAGACAGGCUCACCUGAUAGGAUGCUGGACGUGGAAUGGGCCAUUUGGGUUACUCGCAGACAGUUUCCAGACAUCCUGCUAUUCUUGAUGGGUCAUUCCAUGGGCAGUAGUGUUGUACUUGGUUUCAUAAUGCAGACUCAGUCCCCGCCAGACAGAGAAACAUUGUUGCUCCUGUCUGGUGUAAUUGCAUCGAGUCCCUUCAUGCAUAUAACUCAUCCUCUGCCUUUAUUCAUUCAAUGGCUCUUGGGCAAACUAUGCAAGAUUUUUCCAAAUGCCAACCUGUCCUCUCUAGUACAAGAUAAAGUGGGCAAGGAUGCUUUAAAAGACCCAUGGGUCAAAAGAUUUGGGAUAUAUCGUGGGAUAUAUGACAUGUUCACCAGGGGUUAUAAGCUCAUGGCUAAGGGAUACAAGUGUUGGCCAAAGAACUUGCCUCUUUUGGUGCUGCAUGGGACUGAGGACGAGAUGGGUUCAUUUGUAAACUCUUGCCCGGCGACGGAAGCCUUCUUCAAGAUUCUGCAAGCUCCUGAUAAGACACUUAUCCUCUAUCCCGGUGCCUGGCAUGAUCUUAUGAGUGAACCCGAUGGUGUGAAAGAAAAGUACAUGGAGGACUGUAUGUCCUGGACAGAGUCCCAUAUGCCCAAGACGGCAGUCACUUAG